CAGCACAUGCCGGCGGCGGGCGCAUCAUUUACUGUAGAGCCCGGGACACUGCGCGGCUAUAUAAGCACCCGCGGGCCUCCUCUGCCAUUACAGCAAGCAACCAUCGAGCUCGCUCCCAUCCCAGAGCCACAGGCCACAGACGAUCAUCCGCCACAGCGCUCGCUCGCCGUCGCAGCUAGCUCUCUGUCUCGCUCCGACGAUCGGGUAAGCCGGCCGGCGACCGACGUGUCGAAGUAGCUUGCGGCCAAUUGCCUCUGGUACAACGUAGAGAGAAACAGCCGACGAAGACGAUGGCUGGCGCGACUGUGACAGUGGAGGAGGUGAGGAAGGCACAGCGCGCGACGGGCCCGGCAACGGUGCUGGCGAUUGGGACGGCGACGCCGGCCAACUGUGUGCACCAGGCGGACUACCCGGACUACUACUUCCGGAUCACAAAGAGCGAGCACAUGACCGAACUCAAGGAGAAGUUCAAGAGGAUGUGUGACAAGUCGCAGAUCCGGAAGCGGUACAUGCACCUGACGGAGGAGUACCUGGCGGAGAACCCCAACAUGUGUGCGUACAUGGCGCCGUCGCUGGACGCCCGCCAGGACAUCGUGGUGGUUGAGGUCCCCAAGCUAGGCAAGGCUGCGGCGCAGAAGGCGAUCAAGGAGUGGGGGCAGCCGAAAUCCAAGAUCACCCACCUCGUCUUCUGCACCACCUCCGGCGUCGACAUGCCGGGCGCGGACUACCAGCUCACCAAGAUGCUGGGCCUCAGGCCCUCCGUCAACCGCCUGAUGAUGUACCAGCAGGGGUGCUUCGCAGGUGGCACGGUGCUGCGCGUGGCCAAGGACCUCGCCGAGAACAACCGCGGGGCACGCGUCCUGGUGGUGUGCUCCGAGAUCACCGCCGUAACGUUUCGGGGACCCUCCGAGUCCCACCUCGAUUCCAUGGUCGGCCAGGCGCUGUUCGGCGAUGGCGCGGCGGCAGUUAUUGUGGGAGCUGACCCUGACGAGCGCGUGGAGCGCCCGUUGUUCCAGCUCGUGUCGGCAUCACAGAGAAUCCUGCCGGACUCCGAGGGCGCCAUCGACGGCCACCUCCGCGAGGUCGGGCUCACGUUUCACCUGCUCAAGGACGUGCCCGGGCUCAUCUCCAAGAACAUCGAGCGCGCGCUGGAGGAGGCAUUCAAGCCACUGGGGAUAACUGACUACAACUCCAUCUUCUGGGUGGCGCACCCCGGUGGGCCGGCGAUCCUGGACCAGGUGGAGGCCAAGGUCGGGCUAGAGAAAGAGCGGAUGCGCGCCACGCGUCAUGUCUUGUCUGAGUACGGCAACAUGUCUAGCGCCUGUGUGCUCUUCAUCCUCGAUGAGAUGCGCAAGCGCUCCGCCGAGGAUGGCCAAACCACCACGGGCGAAGGCUUUGAUUGGGGCGUACUCUUUGGCUUCGGUCCCGGGCUCACCGUUGAAACCGUCGUGCUCCACAGCGUCCCCAUCACCACUGGCGCGGCAAUCACGGCAUGAAUGCUCCAGACAUGGUAGACAGGUCCUGUCUAGAGUCCAUUACAUGACAAUUAUUUUUUUUUGUGUGUCAACGGAGAGGGAGAGUUUCCCUAACCUUAAAUUUGUAUUAAGUGAUAUCUUGGCUGAAAAGGCCACCAGAUAAUAAAGCUUUACAUCAGUGUUUUUCCCGAACGAUAA